AUGGUGACGGCACACGUGCACUCAAAAGGGGACACUCGUCUUGACAGUACCAACUCGUACAACCAGGGACAAAAGGACUCCGGUGUUUACUCCAUCCAAUCUCGGGAUUUAGACGAUGUGUUCAGCGCCUGGUGUGAGUUUGAGGACGGCGGGGCUUGGACUGUCAUACAACGGAGACAGGACGGCUCUGUCGACUUCUUCCGCAACUGGCAGGAAUACAAGGACGGGUUUGGCGACGUGGCCGGUGAAUACUGGCUUGGAAACAACAAUAUCUACCGACUCACCAACCAAGCAAAAUACAAGCUGCGAAUUGAUCUGGAGGACUUCAACGGGCGAACGUUCUUCGCCGAAUAUUCACACUUCCGAGUAGAGAACGAAGCCGACGACUACAGGCUUCGGCUCGGAAACCACUCGGGAAACAUCGGCGAUGGCAUGACGAAGUUGGACCGAGACCAACCCUUUACGACUAAGGACCACGGCACAUUGCAGGGCUCACACUGCGCUAGCGUACAGAAAACAGGCUGGUGGUUUGGUAAAGUGUGUCUCAACUGGGCCAACUUGAACGGAAUGUACAAAGAUAGUGGCGAAUACACAGGAGAGCAAAACGGCAUCUUCUGGUUCCCACUCAGACUGAUCGGCUACUCAAAGCAGCACUCCCUGAAAAAGGUGACCAUGAAGUUACGCCGCCUAGCGGAACCUUUAGAAACUGAGCCCACAACAACGCCAGCUCCUGAAGAGUGCAAAGAUCUAUGCAAUGAUACCAAAUUGUAUGAAGACUGUGACGCGGUGAAACGCUCAGGAGAGCGGGGCAGCGGAGUGUUUUGGAUCCGUCCGCGGAACACGGUUGAACCUUUCCCCGUGUUCUGUGACUUACAAGACGGCGAUGCCGCCUGGACCGUCAUCCAGCAGAGAAAUCACACCGUGGGGGAGAACUUCACGAGGGGUUGGGAGGAUUACAAGAACGGUUUCGGCGUCAUUCCUAGAGAGUACUGGCUUGGUAAUGACAAGAUACACCAACUCACUAAAGACGGUGACUUCAGGAUCAAGAUCCAUGUUCAAGCGUUCAACGGUCUCGUAGGAUCGUACCAGUACGAUAACUUUAGAGUGGCAGGAGAAGAUGAGAACUACCGCCUGACUUUGUCUGGUUUUACAGGAAAAGCCGGCUCGUGCAUGGAACGAGCUGGGGCAGACUUGAACGGGAUGGCGUUCAGUACCAUGGACAGGGACAAUGACAAGGCCAGCUACAGUUGUGCGGAGAGGUUGAAGGGAGGCUGGUGGUAUAAAAGAUGCUCUCUACUGAUACUCAACGGGAUUAUUAAGAAAUACAGUGGUCAUGAUGAGUAUCGUGAAGUAACGGGAAGAGGAGAGGGUCUUUAUAACGUUUGCUUACAGCAAGGCCCACCCGUGUCUCUAGGUUGGGUCACUAUCAAGAUACAGGCAAGGCAGAGGCCUGACGUGUAUCGGGACUGUGAUCACGCUCGUAGCGAUGGGAAAACAGCCAGCGGGGUGUACCAUAUUCAACCUCGGGGGAUCCGGAGCAACUGA